AUGAUGACUCGUCUCUUGGUCUUGACUGUUGUAAUCAAUUCUUAUCUACAUGAAAAACCUCUUCACAAUACCCUAUGGAGUGAGAGGUGCAAGAAGCGUGCUGUAGUCCUGAAUGACUGUAACUGGUGUUGGUGUAAUGAAAGGCAGAGGUACCAUUGCGAGGCUAGAGUUUGUGAAGAGAUCGACAUGUUCGGACAUUUCAAAGAUGCCAUCCAAGCGAUAGACGUGGGCAUGGAGGGUCAUGGAGUGUGGAGGUCUUCACCGACUGCCUGCUCUCCUGGAAUUCACUACCGACGGGCAGCAACGUUGUGCGUCUGUAACGAGGACGGGAACUGGCCCAAUCCUGUCUGCAGAGACAUUUUUCGUGUUCUACACUCAGUAGAACAUACCUCCUUAACACACCCUACAUCUAACUAUACUUGUUCUCCCACCAAGCUCUAUGUCGUAGGAUGCAAUGUGUGUUUUUGCCCUUCAAGUGGGUAUUUAGAUCCAACCCUAUGUACCCAAAACAAUUGUCACAAAGAUGACCCUAUAUUAAAAGCCAAUUCUAAUAAUAUAGCUCGAACAGAUGAUGUUGAUGAUGAUAAUCUCGAGAUAUAUGCGUCUUGUACUCCAAAUGCAAUGUACAAUAUAGGUUGCAUGCCCUGCAAAUGUUUGAAGAACAAUAGACUUCUUUGUGAAACCUGUUCUAAAAAUAAAAAUAAACUUUCUGAUCACAAAGAAUCUGAAAACGAAUGCCGAGCUAGAGGUACUAAUGUUGUUUUUGAAACUAAUUGUAACCUUUGCUAUUGCGAUGAGAAUGAAAGAAAAAUAUGCACUGUUCGCAAAUGUAUUAAAGAUCGGCCCAAAUUAGAUUAUAAAAAUAAAGGCAACUUUGUGCUAACUUCAUCACCUGUAGAUGAUGAAGACUGCACACCAGGGACUAAAUUUUAUAAAGAUUGUAAUGUGUGUCAGUGCAUCAAACGAAGUAACGGUAAAAAGCUUAUACAAUGUACUAAGAAAAUGUGUUACAACACAUCAUCUAUAGAUAUUAUAAAAUCUGACUGUGUUUUGAACACCGCUUACGAAAUUAAAUGUAUGGUCUGUCAUUGCCGAGAAGAGAAUGGUGAGAAGGUACAAAAUUGUUAUACGAAAGCAUCAUGUAAUGAAAAAAAGCCUUUAAGUGUCUCAAAGCUAAGUGGUUCCUGUGAACCCUUUAGAACAUACAAUGAUGAUUGUAAUCCAUGUCGCUGCCUUAGCGACGGUGAGACUCUCUUAUGUGCUACUAAGAAAUGUGUCAAAAGAGAUCCGGUGUCAGUGGAAGUUGUACCAAUUAAGAGGACUCAAAGAAAUAUUUGUCCAGAAGGAAUGUCAUUUAGACUUAAGUGUAAUUUAUGUUAUUGUUUAUCUAAUAAUAAUGCUAUGUGCACUACUGCUGAAUGUUACAAGAAUUCGUUUAAAAUAAAGCCAAUUAUUAAUUGA